GGAAGCAAGUAAUUUUCAACGGAUUUGAGAACAACUUUUUUGGUGCUACAGAUUAUGAGCUAGAAAGUCUUUUUCCUGGUGUUCUUGGUUUCGAGAUUGGAACUGUUUUUGGUGCCAGUAGUUUUGAGUUGCCGCCUGGUUUAGUAACUUUAAAUUUCACGAUUCCUGGUCCUGUGAAUUCUGAAUUAUGUGGUUCUGUAGGUGUUGAAUUGCUAUAUGGUCCUGUGAAUUCUGAAUUAUGUGGUUCUGUGGGUGUUGAAUUGCCGUUUGGUCUUGUGAAUCCAGAGUAUAAUAAUUCCAAGUUAUGUGGUUCUGUGGAUGUUGAAUUGUCGCUUGAUCUUGAGCCUGGUUCUGUGGAUGUUGAAUUGCCGCCUAAUCUUGUGCUUGGUUCUGUUGAUGUUGAAUUGCCACCUGAUCUUGUGCCUAGUUCCGUGAAUGUUGAAUCGCUGUCUUGUCUUGUGAAUCCAGAGUAUGAUAGUACUUGGUCUGGUUCUGAGGAUUUUGAGCUGUCUG